CUUCCGGCCCGGAGAGGCAAGGCUUAACAAUGCCACCCCUCUGCACUCCGCAAUGGCAGGGCUGGCUGAGCAGGGCCCCGCUCCCCUCCUUCCCGUGAGGAGCCCACGCAAAGGAGCCCCGCCAGCCCCCGCCUAGGCCAGCAUUCCGAACCAGCCGCCGCCGCCACCGCUAACCAAGCCGAGGCGGCUCGGGAUUGGCUCAGAGUCGCGAUCCCAGCUGCUUUCAGCGUAUCCAUGUCAAGCCCCGCGGUUGCUGAUUAGCGGAAGCGGCGUCCCCGCUGGCGGUGCGCGAGCGCCCUCUCGUGGCCUUGUGGCGGAGUGGGCGGACGAGCGGAGGGCCACUUUGGAGGUUGCCGCGGGGAGCUCGGCGGGGUCUCUCGAGCGCUGCUUCAGCCCAGCGCCUGCCGACACUUAUUCAUCUAUCGUCUGCAGCUGGCAUGGAGAACCUAUGGCUCUCCAUAUUACGUUAGACUCUAGCUGCCACCAGCCUCAGCCAGCAAGCCCAUUGCCCAGGGACAAUGCGAACUGAACCCCGGUUCCUCAUCUUUGGGCUACAGGAAACAAACACUUGUGACUCCUUUCAGACACCAAGAUAAAGAUCCACCCAGCCUGAAGCCGCUGGUACGUUCUUGCGAGGUGAGGGCAGUGCUAAAAGAAGCAUGCUGUUGUUCCCUGUGCCAAGGCUUUCCUUGCCUUGGAAUGUAAACGCUGUCCAUGGACUUUAGUUGUUGGACUGAAGUUGAAACUAGUAAUUUGUGGAUCAUGAUAACAUGGCCUUAAAUGUGUAGCAAAACUCCCAGAAGACCUUUCACCGGAUUUUCUGUGUUUUAGGUUUUUUUAAUUACAGUUUUAAGCCAGAGGUUCCCGAACUGUGGACCGUGGGCCGCAAGUGUCCUUCAGGUGGUCCAUGGGAUGACUGUGGAUUUGUGGUUGAAGAUGUUUAAACUCUAUGGAAUUCAAAUUGUAAUACAAUACAAUAAAUAUAUAAGACAUAAAUGAAGCAAUAAGCAUACAAUUAAAAGCCAUACUGCAUCUAGCACAGUGCAUAAAAUUGCUACCGCAGGCUGAACAAUCGUUAAGUUGUCUGUCAAGACUCUCAGCAAUUUUCAGGCAGCCCAGGGGAAAUCAAAUUUGGGAACCACUGUUUUAGGCAAUUACAGAAAUGAGGAAGAAAAUGGAAAAUGUACUACAACAACAACAAGGAAUACAUCAGAUACAGGAGUUGCAGUACUUUCUGAAAAUGAAAGAUUCACUGGCAUGAGGUCAAUCAUAUUCAUGAUGCUUCUGUUAAAUCUGUACAGAUUACAAGACUUCACAUUUUGGUCACAGAAGGAAAAGAAAACUGUUUCAUAGAUGGCCUUGGAAGUAGAAAAAUCUCCUUUUGAUGUUUCAUUGAGCAUGAAGGCCAAGUGCUAUGGAAGGUGGAAUUACUCAGAACUAGAAACGGGCUACCCUGAACUGGCUAGCAAAGUUUGCCAGCCCUCAGCUGUGGAAGGUGAAGAGCCUUUGCCCAAAGGAAUAGAGGGUCAAGAGCUCAUAUCUAUAGAGGAAGCUGGCCAUGCAUUUCCUGGCAUUCUCCAGAGGACUCGGAAAUGUGAUAAACAACCUUCAGCGCUUUCUAACAGGUUUCACAAGAUGAAAGCCAAAGCAAAGUAUGUGGAGAGAUGGCCACCCAUCAGCGGGACCACUUAUGGUAGUGAAGUAUUUCACAGUUUUAGCAGAGGUGGUAUGUACCCUGAAGAGCAACAGAUGCAUACAGGUGAGUGCUCGGAGUCUACAGAGGUGCUUCAGGGUUUGCUGGAACUUCCAACCAAAGCUGUGGACUCUACAUUUUAUUCCUCUACCACCAAAUCCCCCCCCAACCAUGAUGCCGACUGUCGGAGUCAGAUGACGGUUGCCCCAUAUUCAUCCACUCCUCAACAUUUAUCAGGUAAAAGAACCCCUCAUUUUGAUGCCAUGACACCUGUGUGCCCGAGGGCUAGCAUCGCUUUACAGCCUCCAGAAGACUCUGAUUUUGAUCAGCAGGGAUUGUCAAGAUCGAAAAGCUUUUCAGGUGCCGGGGUUUGUCCAUCGUCUGAAACAUCUACUCCUUGGUAUCUCCAUAGUCUGUCUGAGCCUGCAGAAAGCCACAUGCUAGGCACGCACAAGCAGCUACCUGUGGAUAGCUGUCCAACAGUGGGACACAUGAGAAAGAUGUCCUCUUUCCAGGCUGAUUAUUGGGCAUGUGCCAUACCUGAUACCUUACCACCAUCUCCAGAUCGUCAGUCCCCGCAUUGGAACCCUAAUAAAGAAUAUGAGGACUUGCUUGAUUACACCUAUCCUUUAAGGCCAAAAUACAAGCUUGCAAAGAAUGCCAAAGACUCUUCUGUCCAUGAUUCUGGGGUUGACCUUGACAGUCUUUCCAUUUCUCCUGAAAGUACCUUGAAGUCUGUGAACAUGCAGGGCCAAGAAUGUCAGGCUAUGGGGAUCCAGAGUGCAGAGAGAUGUUCGACCCCUUUAUUGAAAAAGCUAGAAUGCUCCGUUCCGGUUUCUCACUACAGACUAUCGCCUGUUGGGAAAGUAUCCUUUGCAAGUUGGGUUCCCUCUCCUGGCAGAACUGGCAUUUCUAAAGAGAUGGUGCACAGUUUGUCCCCUGGUCCAUUCAUUGCAACCAACUUGGACGAAAGAGAUUGGAACACGAGGAGACACGACUACCUUACAAAGAGAGACACUGCUAGUAGCAACUUCAUACGCUCCACAAGGAUGCUGCCCUUACAAAAAGGGAAUUCCAGUGAUGAAGAGUAUCUCUCCUUGCCACCCAGACUCAAGGAGUUAGAGACAUUGGCUCAGCAACUGACUGAUCUUUCACUGACUGUAAAGAAACCUGAACAUUUCCCAUGUGUCAGUGUGGAUGGAGAGCAGCUUCCACUGGAGUUUCAGGGAGAUAAUGGAGCCAACAAGAGCCAUUGGGAAAUGUAUUGUAAUUCUUGUCAUAGCUGUAGCUUUCAAGAACAUGGCGCAGAAGACCUUCUGAGCAGUCGAGGCUUCCAGGACCAUGAGAACGUGCCAAAAGAGACCGCAGGCAUUGACUUGCUCAAAACAAGAUGCCUCAAGUUCCUGGAGAGCGGAGGCCAUUGUAUGAAGCAAGACCAUUACGGAGACUCCCUUGCACUGCAUAUUAAGAUAUUUUCCUGUCAACUAGAAGAGCUCAUUCGUUGGCUGCACAAAGUAGCACAAGUGACAGACAACUGGAUUCCCCCCAAGCCAGAUGUUGAAAGUGUUAAGGCAGCAUUGCAAAACUACCUGAAGUUCAAAAAGGAUUUAGCCGACCACCAAGCGCUGACUGAAAAUGUGUUGCAAGGCGGCGAAAAGCUCCUCAAAUGCAUGGCAUCAAAUUCACCGGUUUUGCGGAACACUCUUGGUUUGAUUGCAAAACAAUCUGACAAGCUUGAAAGCCAGGCUGAACGCUUGUAUCAGUCUCUUACAACAGCUGUGGAUACACUUGGGGAUGGCUUAAUAAAGAAUUGCGAUGCUCAACAAACAGCGGCCCAGGCAGAGUCAUCAAGAUAAUGCCUCUCAGUGUGGAAUUCCACAGCCCAUCUUUAACUGAAUGAAAGAACUGCUUCAGUAAGGAGUUUGAGGAAAUGUUAAACUGCUCUCUGCACCGUGCUGACGUAUUGGAAGGUUAUUCUUCAAAGUUGUGACCUCCUGCAGUGUCAUCGAGUAUAGUUUCCAGUUUCAGAUGUUAGCAACUGGCUUCAUAUCUGACGACGGCAUUUUGGAGAGUAUGGAAGAUACAACUUUCCCAGAUGUUGGAGUGAUUGUUGGCUUAACUGUCUCUGAAGUUGCAUACCUUUUUUAUUUUAUAGUUCUUUAGGUGAACAAUUGGACGUCUUCAGUGCCUGUUUGCUUACAUAUUUUGGUUUCCCCUGAAAAGGUUGUUCUGUUUAUUUACAUGUCAUUUCUAUGGAAGACUACAUUUAAAAUAAAACAAUUUUGCCACCAUAUUAUCAAA